AUGGCGCAACCACAAAAGAAGAUCAACACCAACCCGACCGACCCGGGCGCCCUCGUGGUCAACGAGCAGGUCAAGGGCAUCCCGGCGGCCGAGAUGCUGCGGCGCUCCUUGGCCCUUCCCGGCGCUCCUCCGUUCCAGGCCGUGCUCGACAACCCCUGCAGUGGAGGCGUCAUCACCGCCCAGCUGUUCAAGCCAGAGUUCGCCAGCGACAAGCUGUCCCGCGUCGUCGCCGUCGACCUCGACCCGGGCGUCGUCGCCUUCACCUCCCACCGUGUGACAAAAGAAGCCGGCUGGGCCGGCAAGGUCGAGGUGCUACGGGCUGGACAGCACCCUCUGCCCCUACCCGACUCCACCUUCUCGCACGUCUUCAACAACUUUGCCGUCUCGGCCCCCGACGACGACGCCACCCUCAAGGAGACCCUCCGGCUCCUCCAGCCGGGCGGCGUCGCGGGCUUCACGACCUGGAGGAACCCGGCGUGGUGGGACGCGGUCGCGGUCCCCGCCGUCAGCAAUUACAUCCCCGGUGCUCCGCCCCUGCCGGGCCUCGCCGCCAUCUUCCCGGACCGCGGCUGGAGCGACAACGCUACCGCCGAGGGUCGGCUGACCGCUGCCGGGUUUGUGGACGUCGUCUCCCAGGACUUUGUGUUUGCGCCUGAUGUGCCGGCGGAUGCGUUUGCCACGGCUUGCUCGGGCUUGGUCAGGGCUUUUAUCAAGUUCAAGUGGUCGCCCGAGGAGAAUGAGCAAUUCUCGGCCAAGAUUGCUGGUGCUAUGCAGAGGCAUCUUGAGGAGACUGCCGGUGGGAGGUGGAAUGCCAAGAUGUAUGCCAUCAUUACCUUUGGGCGGAAGCCUGGCUCCAAAGAUCGGGGCGCCAGUUUGUAA